CAGUGUGGUAAGGCCUUUGCUCAACACAGUACACUUCAACUGCAUAAAAGAACACAUACUGGAGAGAAACCCUAUGAAUGUAAUCAGUGUGGUAAGGCAUUUGCUUACCGCAGUGCUCUUCAAAUUCAUGAAAGAACACAUACUGGAGAGAAACCCUAUGAAUGUAGUCAGUGUGGUAAGGCCUUUGCUUACCGCAGUGCUCUUCAAAUUCAUGAAAGAACACAUACUGGAGAGAAACCCUAUUCAUGCAAGAAACCCUGUGCAUGUAGUCAGUGUGGUAAGACCUUUGCUCAACCCAGUGCUCUUCAAAUACAUAAAAGAACACAUACUGGAGAGAAACCCUAUGAAUGUAAUCACUGUGGUAAGGCCUUUGCUGAAAACAGUACUCUUCGACAGCAUGAAAGAACACAUACUGGAGAGAAACCCUACGCAUGUAGUCAGUGUGGUAAGGCCUUUGCUCAACACCAUAAUCUUCAAAGGCAUAAAAGAUCACAUACUGGAUAGAAACCCUAU